AAGAGUGUAUGAGCCUAAAAUCACCGGCCGGAAACAUCCUUCCUUGCCGCCAUGAAUCAGAAAAACAAAACCCACUGCCCCGACUCAGUGCUGUUUUGAAAAUUUGAGAAGUUCUAGCAGAAAAUUUGAGAAGUGAAAUGGAGAAACCUGUUGCAGAGACGGAGGAGCUGCCGAAGGCUAUCGUGCGCAGGAUAGUGAAGGAUAAGUUAUCGGAGUGCUCCCCGGACUACGAUAUUCACGUUCAUAAGGAAGCCUCCAUGGCUUUCGCCGAGAGCGCUCGCAUUUUCAUCCACUAUCUUUCUGCAACGGCUAACGACAUAUGUAAGGAAACGAGGAGGCAAACGAUCAAUGCCAACGAUGUGUUCAAAGCACUUGAAGAAAUGGAGUUCCCGGAGUUUAUUCAGCCUCUUAAAGCCUCCCUGGAAGGUUACUUCGUUUUUCAUAUAAAUGGCUUUCCCCCUUAUACGGCUUAUGCUCUGUUUUUUGGUGUUUGACUUGAAAAGGAAAGG